AUGGAAGCUUGUUACUCUCAGGACAAGUAUAAUGUCACCACAUACAAUGUCUUGGUGGUGACCAUCCUGUCCCUGCAGACAUCUGCUGGCAUGUGGAUAAACGCUUUCAUGGUUUCUGUGCUUUGCAUUGCUUGGGUCAGAAAGAAAAGCUCCAACUCCAAUGAGAAGAUCUUGCUCUUUCUGGGAUGGACCCGGUUCUGGUCCUUGUGCAUCCUAUGGGUCGGUUCCCUUAUCGAAAGUAUUUAUCCCUUGUGCCUUUGUGUUAAUCACCUAUCUCAACUACUUUCAGCUAUUCUGACCUUUUACAGUUGUUCCAACCUGUGGGUUUCUGCCUUCCUUUCUGUUUUUUACUGUAUCAAAAUUGCGAAUUUCCAGCACAGCUUCUUCUUCCAGCUGAAAGUUAAAAUUGACAGGAUCGUGCCAUGGGUGCUCUUGGGUUCUGUGCUUUUAUCCCUGAGCAUCGGGAUCCUUGAGGAUGAGAUAUUUGAUGAAGCAAUCUGUCACAUCAACAAUUUCAGCACCACAGGAAAUGUCUGGAAACAGCAUAGCAAGAAUAAUCAGCACUUUUCCCCUUAUUUUCUUAGUGGCUUCACAUAUGCCAUUGCAUUCACAGCAGUCAUCUCUUCUGCCCUUCUCCUCCUCUUUUCUCUCUGGAGACACAAACACAAGAUGCAGAUGAAGUCACUGAAGAACGUCAGCAUGGAUGCCCACAUCAAAGCCAUGAAAUAUAUUCUGUCCUUUCUCUUCCUUUACAGCAUCAACUUUAUCUGUUUGGUCUUGAUGAUGAUUUAUAAAUCAAAUGAGUCAAUUGCUGUGAACAUUUUCAUUCUAUUCUUUGAGUGUGGUUUACCAGCAGUCCAUUCUCUGAUCCUGAUUUUCAGCAAUCCCAAACUGGAAAAGACACUGCUAAGGACCCUGUCCUGUGUGAAGAUUUGCAAGAGGCAGGAAAUGUCAUAAAAGCUGGACCCCAUUAAAAAUGUUGAUAUUUUCGUAUAAAAAAGCAAGUUCUUUGAUCUCCAAUGCACCUCUCCGGCACUUUAGGUA